CCCCCCCCCCAUCUCCGUUUGUUUGGGGUUUUUUUUUUGGUUUUUUGUUUUUUUGUUUUUUUUUUCCGUCCUCCCCCCUUCCUCAUUUCUCCCAGCAACGCCGCCCCCCGCCCGCCCCCCCCCCGCAGCAAGAUGGUGCAGAAGAAAUCAGAGAUCCCGGGUUUCCACCGCUCCUUUAAGGGACAAAACCCCUUUGACCUGGAGUUUGACCAGUCCAACCACCUGGAGCCCGUCUUCAACUUCGAGUGCCCGCCCCGUCCCGACAUGCCUUCAAGUCAACCCAUCGAUAUCCCUGACGCCAAGAAAAGGAACAAGAAGAAGAAGCGCUGCAGAGCCACCGACAGUUUCUCCGGCAGGUUCGAAGAUGUUUACCAGCUGCAGGAGGAGGUGCUGGGAGAAGGGGCCCAUGCCAGAGUCCAGUCCUGCGUUAACCUCAUCACCAACAAGGAGUACGCGGUGAAGAUCAUCGAGAAACGCCUGGGACACAUCCGCAGCAGGGUCUUCCGCGAGGUGGAGAUGCUGUAUCAGUGCCAGGGACACAGGAAUGUCCUGGAGCUGAUCGAGUUCUUUGAGGAGGAGGAGAGGUUUUACCUGGUGUUUGAGAAGAUGAGAGGAGGCUCCAUCCUGACCCACAUCCAUCGGAGACGUCACUUCAACGAGCUGGAGGCCAGCGUGGUGGUGCAGGAUAUCGCCAGCGCCCUGCACUUUUUGCACAAUAAAGGAAUCGCACACAGGGAUUUAAAACCAGAAAAUAUUCUGUGUGAGAGCCCGGACCAGGUCUCCCCGGUGAAAAUCUGUGACUUUGACCUGGGAAGCGGCAUCAAACUCAACGGCGAUUGCUCCCCCAUUUCCACCCCGGAGCUGCUCACCCCGUGCGGUUCCGCUGAAUACAUGGCCCCGGAGGUGGUGGAAGCCUUUAACGAGGAGGCAUCCAUCUACGACAAGCGCUGCGACCUGUGGAGCUUGGGUGUCAUCCUGUACAUCAUGCUGAGCGGGUACCCCCCCUUCGUGGGUCACUGCGGCUCCGACUGCGGCUGGGACCGGGGCGAGGCGUGCCACACUUGCCAGAACAUGCUCUUCGAGAGCAUCCAGGAGGGGAAGUACGAGUUUCCCGACAAGGACUGGGCGCACAUCUCCUUCGGAGCCAAAGAUCUCAUUUCCAAGCUGCUGGUGAGAGACGCCAAGAAGCGGCUCAGCGCGGCCCAGGUCCUGGAGCACCCCUGGGUGCAGGGGUGCGCCCCGGAUAACACCCUGCCGACCCCCAUCAUCCUGCAGAGGAACAGCAGUGCCAAAGAGCUCACCUCCUUUGCCGCCGAGGCCAUCGCCGUCAACCGCCAGCUGACACGGCGCGACGAGGACGAGGAGGAGGAGGCGGAGGAGGAAGCACGACCCAUCAUCAUCAAAGCUACCUCACGGGCCAUGCAGCUCUCCCCCCCCUCCGAGUCCAAGCUGGCCAAGCGGCGGCAGAAGAGCAGCCUGGCCAAGGCGGUGGCCCCCGGGCAGCACCUGGUGGCCCCGCUGGUCCUGGUGGCCGACCAAGCCUGAGCUGUGCCCCUCGGACCUGCUGUACCCCAUGUCCUCCUCCUCUUUCUUUCUUUCUUCCCCCCUCCAACCCCUCCACCCCCCAAAAACCCCACUGUUUCUGGCUAGUGACAAGAUCAGGACUCGUCCCUGUGGCUGGUUUCCAAGGUUUUGCUGAUCUUGUAGGUCUGGGGGUGGGAGGGUUUGUUUAAGAUCUUUUUUUUUUUUUUUUUUUUUUUUUUAAGGUAUUAAAUCAAGCGUGAGGUUGCUUCACCCAGGGCACACUCAAGGACAUCUGACAGACACACGGACUUUUGUUUCCCGACUCUUGGUUUCUCCUCUGACAUGUUUUUCCUCCCUCCCCGACACCAAAGGACUCUUUGUAUCCGCGGCUGCUUUGACGAUUUCAGCUCAUUUCAUACUGUGAACAAAAGACCCUCGGUCGCGUUUUCAACAACGGGAGUUGCGUUUUAACCUCGUCCCUCCCCUCGGAGCUGCAGGUCUUUCUCCGAUGUUGGGGUAGAUCCCACAAAAACCCCCUCCCGGGGGUCCGGGAGGCACCUCCCUGGUGCGGGGAGCCCCUCCGUCCCGUGCUCGGGGGCAUCCCCGGCUGUGCUUUGGGGGGGACGCGGUGGGCAUUGUGCAGGGAACCGCUCGGGCUGGGGAGAGAUGGUGCCAGCAAGGGAGCCGUGCCCCAUCCCACCGAGCCGCCCUCUUUCCUCCGCAGCCUGCUUCCAGAAUAAGCUAUUCACCCCUGUUUUUCUUUUCUUUUUUUUUCUUUCUUUUCUUUUUUUUUUUUUUUUUUUUUUUUUAAUUAUUGUUGGUUUUAAACUGCUAGCUGUGCUUCUCUACAGGGCAUGGAGAAAUGUCUUCCUUUCCUCCCGCGUUCUGGCUGGUGGCUCCCCGGGGGUAAGGUCAGAGCCGGGGGGGGACGCACAGGCAUCUGGGGCCACGUUCUUGUGCCGGUCGGGUGUUGCACCCAUUUUCGGAGGGGCUGCUCGCCAGUGGUUGUGCCCUCGUGGAGGUGCAAGCGGGGAUGAGGUCUCCAGGACAGCUGGAGCAACAACAAAAUACCCCUCUGGGAAUAGCAGGGUGCUCUCUGGAAGGCAAAGGACCCCCCCCCGCCCCAACCUUAAAGAGCGUUGGGACCCGCUGCAGGGCGGUGCGACCUGGCGUGGCUUCGGGCUGGUCCCGAGGCUGCUGUGGCAGGAGGGUCUGGGGGUGCGCAGGGCGCCCAGUGCCCCGGGGAUGCCGGUGGGUGAGCGACCGGGCUGGUGGCGGCACCCGAGGGCCACGGCGCUGGGGAGAAGCCUGGGGAGGGCUCGGGAUGUGGGGCUGGAGGGUUUGGGGUCAGGACAGCAGCGCCUGGGCAGCGCGGGGUCUGACGGGCGGCUGGGGAGAGCUGGGCGUGUGUGUUCACGCGUGUGCGUCCACGUUCGUGCGUGUUCAUGCACCUGCAUGCGUGGUGUUGCCCUUUCCUCGGAGCUUGCUUUGGGGAAGGGAGGGAAUGCACGCGGGGGAAGGACUUGGGAUGCUGAAUCGGGAUGAGGCCCUUGGCUGGUUUUUUGCCGCGCAGGGCUGGAUCCGUCCAGGCGAGCGAGCGGUGCCCGUGCUUGGAGUUGAGCUGGUCUCCAGCUCCUCCAAACACCCCCCGCACCGAGCCAGAGCAGCAAACCUGCUCCCCACCGCGGGCAUGGCCGCGGGUCGUGCCACCGAGCUGCACCCGCUGCCUUGCCCACGUCCCGCGGGGAGGGAGGGUGCCUCCUUCAUUAGCAAUCUUUCCCUUCCAAUUCGAUGCUUUGAGCUUUAUAUUUUGAAAAAGCAGCCUUGGCCCAUGGUGUGCACAGGUGAAGGCUUUGGGAGCUUGCUUUGAACUGGGGAAGAGAAUUCCCUGGGUCUUCAGCUGAAGACAGUCACUGUCUCCGAAAAAAAAAAAAAGUUCUCCUUUUUAUUUUAAGACUGCUGACAGCAAUACUAUGCAAUAUAUGUUGUUUUUUGUUUCAGGGAGGUGUGUGUGAGUUAUCUUGGGAGAUGAUGAUCUCGGGUGUUGAUGGAGUUUGGGGCAGGGACCGUCUUUUCUCACCCUUCCAGGCUCUUCUGCCGAGUGGCAUCAGUGGGUUGGGGAGGGGGGCUCCGUGCCCCCCUGCCUAAAAAAAAAAAAAAACAAACCCUGCCUUGCACUUGCAAUCUGCCCUCUCCCCCGGGUGCUCUUGGUCCCUCUGUGCGGGGUGGGGAGGAGCGAGGCGGUGGCGAGGGGAGACCCCCCCCCCCAUGCAGGCACUGGGACACCCUGGAGAGGCCUCCUUUAAAGGAAAAAAAAAAAAAAAUCCAUCUUGAUUGUACAUUGUUACUUUUUAUAGCUUAUUUUGUUUUAUCAGUUGUAGAUAAUUCCUUGUUGUCUUAUAUUAAGAAAUACUUGAAUGAUGUACAGUACGCGAUGCCUUGAGCUGGUAUUGUGAAAGCUAUUGUUAAUGCUGCACGCCGCAGCCUUUUUUAAAAAAACAAACAAAAAAUAAUCGUGGGAAGGGGAUGGCAGGGGGAUGUCUCUGAAAAAAAAUUUUUUUUUUUUUUGUCCCCCAUGCUUUUGUUGGCAAACAUCGAGUUUCCCCCUCUGCCCACAUGUAAGACCUAUCUCAUAUAUAUAUAUAUAUAUAUAUAUGUAUGUAUGUAUGUAUAUAUAUAUAUAGAUAUACACACAUACUCUUCUGAAGGCUGGCGCGUGGCCUGGGUGACCCGUGCUGCGCAGGGAGCUCGUCCCUGUGGGCACUUUUCUGAUAUGUGGGUAUCCUCGGCCGGGGAUGCCUGCAGCUGGCAGAUGCUGUGGGUGUUUGCAUCGAGGGGAUGGACGUGUCGGGGAGCAUCUGACCUCUUUGCCGGUUGCUUGGCCCAGGCUUGGCUUUGUGUUUCGGCUCGGGGGUUUGGUUUUAUCGUGGACCCGGCGUUCCUGACAUAGCACUCGGUGGGGGAAUCCCGUGCCGCCGGGAUGGUAAGCUCCCAGCAGCUCUGGGGUGCGGCGUGCGUGGCAGGGUCUGUGCGUUAUAGAGGAUCCUUAAAUGCCUCUAGAGCUGAGGGAUCGACUCUAAAACACCUCUCGACCUGACUCGCAGCGGUGUUGGGGACCCGUGGGUGCCUCAGCAGUGCAGGACUUGGCACUGCACCAGGCCGGCUGGGGAGAUGCUCGUGCCGGGGCCGGACAUCCCCUCCCCGCUGCCAGUGCCUCUCCCGAGGUGGUUUCCAGACAGAUGCUCCCCGACCCACGGUCCAGCACCAGCUAACCCCUCUUGCCAACGCCCUUCUUCCUCCUCCUCUUCCUCUUUCAAAGCCUUUCCCCCCCAUAGAGCAUCUGUCUUGGAAACCAACUUCAAAAAGAUUUUUUUUUUUUAAAUUUUUUUUUUUUUUUUAAGCUGGAAAUUUUAAGUGUUUUGGCUUCCUCUCCUUCCCCCCUGCCCUUCCUUCAGCCAACUAACUCGACUUAGAACUGGUUAGAAACGUUUACUGUGAAGCUAACUUUUUUUAUCAAAACAGGAGAAACUUUCUCCACUUUACAAUUGAUGAAGACUGCCAAAGCUGGUUCGACAAGAGUCAUGUUAACGCACUGUUGGUUUGUACAAUGGCAGCCUCCACUCGGGGGCUGGCUGGAAAAUAAAAAUGAAAAAAAAAAAAAAAAAAAAAAGGAAAAAAAACCCCACAAAAACAAGCACUUUACUGUAUGUACCAGGUGAACUGAUACAGCUGAAUUGAAGUUUUCCUUUAUAACAAUUGUUGAUGCCAGAAUUUUGUAUUCUGUUUUGUAAGAAUUUAAUAAAAAUGCAUUGAGACCUA